AUGGUCGUGCAACUCUCCUACCGCAAAUCCCUCCGCUGGGUUCCUGGAGAACCCUCAGAGCCAACAUCAACACUCGUACUCGAUGUCGGCGAUUUCUUCGUAGAUCUCCGCAUGCUCAAAGCAGAUUCGACGAUCGAUUGGGCAAUGGCUGGAAGACGAACAAUUCUUUCCUCAUCACCAUUAGAAUGCCAAUGGACAAAAGAAAUCUGCUCCCAGAACACCGAAGCCCACGACGACAUUGGUAUCUUUGAGGAUCUACCCAAUGGCGACGCACUGGAAAAAGGGAGUAUGCCCAAUCCGGACAACAGUGAUAAGAUCCAAGACUAUGAGGAAGUUUGGGGGAACCUUGAUAUUGCACCUUCCGAACAGCCAGCCUGGAUUUUGAGAAGUAAGGAUGGGAAUGGGAUUACUUUUGUGGGUAAAGUGGGAAGUUGGUUUCAGGUGUUGAGGAAGAGUGAGGGAGGAGAGUUUGCGGUACUUAGGGAGGAGAAGGUGGAUGGAAGUUGGUUGCGGAGGUACCAAGUUGGUGAGAAGUUGCCUUCGAUGGCAGAGUUGGGUGAGGAGGUGUUUAGUGCAGAGGGUUGGAAACAGGAUACUGAUGUCAAGGUUGGAGGCGUAACAUAUACUGUCUAUGCUCUCGAAAAGGCAUAA